AUGGCCCUAGCCAUACGAAACGGAACGAAAGGAUAUACAGAAGGGAAAUUUGUGCUUAAUAAUCUCAACAUGAGUGUUGCUCGGGGAGAGAUUUAUGGUCUCCUUGGAGCAAGUGGUUGCGGGAAGACGACCCUGCUGUCCUGUGUCGUCGGCCUGCGUAGGCUCGAUAGUGGUGGCAUCUUCGUGUUUGGUCACCAAAGGAAAGGUCACCUGGGUCACUUGUGUGGCUACAUGCCUCAGGAAAUUUCCCUCUUACGUAUUUAUACCAUUCACGAGGUACUCCACCAUUUCGGGAUGAUUUACGGCAUGUCGCACGAAGCUAUUGAAACGGAGAUCAAAUUUCUCGCCACAUUUCUCGACCUACCCCCCACCACGAGGCGCAUUGAACACUUAAGUGCCACUACCCCACUUAUGGCGAAUCGCUCUCUCUCGGCCACAAAGUAA